UUUUUUUUGUGUGGACUAAACAAAACAUUUUUCGCUUUUUGAAAAAAUUUAAACAAAAGAAAUAUAAUAAAUAUGUUUAUUUAUUACAACAACAAUAAUUAUAAUAAUAUUAUUAAUAAUAAUUAUAUGAAAAACAUUGUGCUGUCAUAGCGGAAGGAGCGUAAAUGUUUUUUAAAUUUAACGUCAGAGUAAAAUGCACGUUAAACCAACCACCCAACGAAGAGUAAGUGGACCUGGAGCAUUUGGAACAUACACCGACCAAUGUGCUAGCAGAGAAAACUUGUAUAGUAGCGAUCAACAACAACAACAACAAAAUCAUCAAUUUAAACAACAACAACAACAAUUAAAGCAACAACAGCGCCAACAACCGCAACACCAUUCGCAUCAACAUUUGCUGCGCCAGUCUCUGAUCAACCUUACAAGCGCUCAGAACACACAGACUCAGACUGCUCCUCUAUACAGUAGUCAUUCGGAUAAUAACAGUUAUUGUAGUGCCGUAACAACACACGAAGGAGCAACCACCUCCGAUCAAGAUCAAGAACAACAACACCAUCAUUUACAGCAGCAAACGGCUGGUGAUCAAACCAGUAGUAGCGUUAGUUAUCGGUCGCGUAAUACGUCGCGUAAAAACAGUGAUCACGUUUCGUCCUCUACGCGUAAUCAGCUGCACAAAUCGAUAUCGUGCAGUUGUGAGUCUCUUAAAUGUGCAUUAGUUGUUAGUGAUACGUUACCGGCUGCAACAUCCACCACCAACACCACCACACACACCACUAGUGCUAAAGGUGCGUCACGCAACUAUUACGGUCUCAGCACCGACAACGACAACGAAUUCUUACUUGACAGCGAAGUUAAACCACACCGCGAGGAGAAAGGUAGUGAUUUCGGCAAGCCUAGCAGGCUAGGCGGCAACGCCACCACCACCUGCCCCCGAAGUUCAACAGGUGAUGAUCAUCACUCACUGCAGUACGAGACAUCAUCAGCAGGCUUACGCUUUAGUAGCGUUUCGAAACAAAACUCUUACGAUAGUGGUUCACCGCAGCUGUUGACCCUUGCGGACGCCAAUCAGCGUUAUCAUCAGCAGCAACACAGCCCAACCAGUCGUCUCUCGUACAGUCCCAACAGCAAAAGUAGUAGCUUGGCCAUAGCCGAUGAUUAUCAGGAUUCACAGCAAACACAGGGAGAUUUCAAACAUCUAGUCGUUCAUAAUCUAAGCAGCUCGGAUCCGUUAAGCCAAACCAGCAGUUAUAGUCAUCAUCAACUAGAAGACGCCAACAAUUGUCCACUGCUAAAGACACACUACAGCGAUUGUAAUAUUUAUGCCAAGAACGAAUUAGAUUCGCAAUCACAGCAACCGGACAAGCAGCAGUUGGUAAAUAAAGCCUAUAUCUUCAAGUGCAUCGGGAAUAGUCCGUCUUUCUUGAAGACCAAUAAAAUCAAAGAACAGUCGCGUAAACUGAGAAAUCUGUCGCUGAAAACUCAUCCUACGGGCAAGAAAAAAAGUCAAAUACUAGCCAAGUCAAACGCGGUGUCCGAUAAUUCUCUGCAUCCGGGAGACAAGUAUCUUAAUCUCUACCUGGUGGAGAAGAAACAGCAACAACAGCAGCAGCAACAACAGUCGACUUCAACUUCACCAUCAGUGGCUUCCGGACACCAAGUGUCGCGACACAGUACUCCUUACAUAGUGAACGGUGCUGUCAAGUCCUCAUAUCCCACAUAUCGUUCCUCAAUUAAAAGUGAAACAGCCGUAAGUGCCGUCUUAGCAGCAGCCGCCGCAGCAGCCGCAUCCGCCAACAGUAGCAAUUCGUAUUUGCAGCAACAGCAACAGAUAUUCGGCGGCAAAAGUAGUAGUGUCAAUUAUUUAUCCUCCAACCCAACCUCCAGCAAACAGCAGCAGACGCACCAGCAGCAAUAUAAAACAGCCAAAAUUAAUAACAAAGGCUGCAAUCUGGUCAACAACGGCAACAAACUUAGUGUUAGCACUAAUUCGUGCAAUCGCCUACAUGCCGGCUCACCCCAUGCAAUAUCACCGAAAAGUUCUUUAUCGAGUAACGGACACCUCAAUAAGUAUUGUCUGACCGAUAUAAGUCGUCGCAAAACCGAAUUCAAUCGACAGCUUAGUGCACCGACUGAUUACACCCAUCAUUCAUCGAGUAACGGUUCACAUCAAUCCACCAACGAGGUCGUUGGCGGCGAAUCAACAUCGACCGUUGCCAGUGCUGGCGUUAAAACACCAGCCUACUUGCAACAGCACUCGUUACCCAAUCAACAGCAGCAGCAACAACAGCAAAAUCCACAAACCCAACAGACACCACAUACCACACACUAUCAGCCCCAUUAUCAUCAGCAUCAUCAACAUCAUCAUCAGCAGCAGCAACAACAGCUGCAUCAACACCAACAUCCCCAUCAUCAACAACAACUACUACAGCAGCAGCAACAUCACUAUCAACACAGUCAACAGCACCUUCCACAACAUCACUCAGCAACAGUAUUAACGAAACCAACAUCGAACUCGUGUACGAACAGUUUCAAUAGACGCCACAUUAAACGUCAGAAAAAUACGAAAUUAAAUGAAAGACUACUACGUCGUGAUAGUGAAGACUCCUCUGUUCGAUGCUCGUACUGUUCAGUACUAAAUGUCAACGAGAACGAUUUAAGGAGAUCAUUUGAGAAUACCUGCACCGAUUCAUUGGUAACAGCUUUUGAUGAUGAGGCUUUACUAAUAUGCGACCAAGGAAACGAAAUGGCAAGCACAAAGGUUCACUUUGAUGACGUAUCGUUGUACGGGACUCCGAAAGAGGAGCCAAUGCCUUCCAUCCCCAUUGUUUCGGAAAAAGUUUCAGCGAAUUUCUUAAAAAGUCAAUUGCAAUCAUGGUUUCAACCAACCGACAAUCGGUUGGCCAUGAAACUAUUUGGCAGCCGCAAGGCUUUAGUCAAAGAAAGAAUACGUCAGAAGACUUCCGGACAUUGGGUUAUUCACCCAUGCAGUUCAUUCAGGUUUUAUUGGGACCUUUGUAUGCUUUUAUUAUUAGUAGCAAAUCUUAUUAUCCUGCCAGUCGCAAUAUCAUUCUUCAACGAUGAUCUAAGCACACGAUGGAUUGCCUUUAACUGCCUAAGUGAUACUAUUUUUUUAAUAGAUAUUGUAGUCAAUUUUAGAACAGGAAUUAUGCAACAAGACAACGCUGAACAAGUUAUUUUGGAUCCCAAGCUUAUAGCCAAACACUAUUUAAGAACAUGGUUUUUUCUUGAUUUAAUUUCAUCGAUACCAUUGGAUUAUAUAUUUUUGAUUUUUAAUCAAAUUAUGAAAUUGCAGGACUUCUCCGAUUCCUUUCAAAUUUUACAUGCCGGUCGUGCCCUACGAAUAUUACGCUUAGCUAAACUCUUAUCAUUGGUCCGAUUGUUGCGCUUGUCCAGGCUGGUGCGCUACGUAUCACAAUGGGAGGAAGUAUAUAUUCUGCAGAAUCUACAGAAAAAAAGUGCUGAUCGAAGAGGGAGAAUGCACAGAAAAGACAAAGAAGGCUUAACAAAAAGCAACCUAAUUUUAAAGUUCCACUCGUUUCUAAAUAUGGCAUCGGUGUUUAUGAGAAUUUUCAAUCUGAUAUGUAUGAUGUUGCUAAUUGGUCAUUGGAGUGGUUGUUUACAGUUUUUAGUGCCAAUGUUACAAGGUUUUCCCUCAAACUCAUGGGUAUCAAUCAAUGAAUUGCAGGAGUCAUAUUGGCUGGAACAAUAUUCAUGGGCUUUAUUUAAAGCAAUGUCACAUAUGCUAUGCAUAGGUUAUGGCAGAUUUCCGCCCCAAUCCUUAACCGAUAUGUGGUUGACAAUGUUAUCCAUGAUAUCGGGUGCUACAUGUUAUGCUUUGUUCCUGGGUCAUGCUACAAAUUUAAUUCAAAGUUUAGAUUCGAGUAGGCGUCAAUAUCGCGAAAAGGUCAAACAGGUUGAAGAGUAUAUGGCGUAUCGUAAAUUACCGCGCGAUAUGCGUCAACGUAUAACCGAAUAUUUCGAGCAUCGUUAUCAAGGUAAAUUCUUCGAUGAAGAAUGUAUAUUAGGAGAAUUGAGCGAAAAAUUAAGAGAGGAUGUUAUCAAUUAUAAUUGUAGAUCUCUCGUUGCGUCAGUGCCUUUUUUUGCAAAUGCUGACUCCAAUUUCGUUUCUGAUGUUGUUACAAAACUUAAAUACGAAGUAUUUCAACCAGGUGAUAUUAUUAUAAAAGAAGGUACUAUUGGUACCAAAAUGUAUUUUAUACAAGAAGGUGUGGUCGAUAUUGUUAUGGCCAAUGGAGAGGUGGCAACAUCUUUAUCGGAUGGUUCAUAUUUCGGUGAAAUUUGUUUGCUAACAAAUGCCAGACGUGUGGCCAGUGUAAGAGCUGAAACGUAUUGUAAUCUAUUUUCCCUAAGUGUCGAUCAUUUCAAUUGUGUGCUGGACCAAUAUCCUCUAAUGAGAAAAACAAUGGAAACUGUAGCCGCCGAACGUCUUAAUAAGAUUGGCAAGAAUCCGAAUAUAAUGCAACAAAAAGAUGAACAAUUAAGCAAUCCAGAAUCAAAUACAAUAACAGCGGUAGUCAAUGCUUUAGCCGCUGAAGCGGAGGAAUGUAAAGAUGACAGUGAGAUUGAUCCCAAAGAAAAUCUAUUACAUGGUUCGAUGUCAAGUAUAGCAGAGCCCAUACAAACAAUACGUGAAGGUUUACCCCGUCCUAGAAGUGGUGAAUUUCGUGCAUUAUUUGAGGGCAAUACUCCAUGACACUGAGAAAAAUUAUUAUCAACGGCAUCGACACCGACACUACAAUUGCACUAUUAUCAUAAGCAUUUGUUGGCAUUUAGUGUUUGUGGUGUUAGAAGAGCAACACUGUGAAUUAGUAACAACAACAACAUCAAUCUUUAUCAUCAAUAACAACAACUACAGCAACAAGAAGUAAAAGAAGAAAAACUACAACAUAGUUAUCAUCAGCCGCAGCAGCAGAAGCAUUAGUAAAACGCAGUAAAUUGUUAUUUAUAUUCAAGCCUCAUAUAUUGCUAUUUCAAGCAGCCUUUUUAUAAAAAAAAAUUACCUAAAGAAAAUACUUAAAACUUAAUGGAAAAAUACUUUGAAAUAGAUUAACAUAUGACAGUUCCUUUUAAUCAUUUAUAUUUACUUUUACUAUAAUAACUUUACUCUAUAAGAAUUUCUUAACAUUUAACUGUCAAUUGUUUAAAGUUCUAAGAUAUUUUUCUAUUAAGUUUUUCCUCAAAAAAAAAAAUAUAUUAAAACAAAAAUACUAUAUAUAAUAUAUAUCAUGCUUUAACACCAAAUUAUUCUAGCGGUUGCUUUAAAGUCCAUUUUAAGUUAAAAUAUCAUUUAAAAUUACAACAACAACAGUUAAACUAAACUAAAUUAAACACAAUCAAAAAAAUAAAUAAAACGAUAGACAGACCGACAAAACUAUUAACGAAUUAAUUAAACAAUAAAACUAAUAGAGAAUUUAAUUAACAAGAAGAAAAAAAGAAGAAAUGUUUAAGUUUUUACACUAUUAUUAUACUCCCCAGCAAAAAAAUUUUGAAGUUGUUAAAGAAGAAGGGA